UUUAUAAAACCAAUUGAAUCAUACAUUAUAUUAUAUCUUUUGCAUGCAAAUUAAACUUUUCUUGGUUUUGCCUAAAUAGUGAAAAAAAUGAUGUGUGAUUUUGGAUCAAUAUUUUUCACUUCUUUUGCAAUUGUGAUUUUUGCUAUUUAUUGUUUGCUAAAGAGAGCAAAUGAUUGGUUUUAUACAAGAAAAUUUAGUUCAAAAGAUUAUAAUAUACCUCCUGGUGAUAUGAGUUGGCCAUUCAUUGGGAAUAUGUUCAAUUUUUUUACAACAUUUAGAUAUGGUGAUCCUGAAUCAUUUAUAUCUUACUUUACUUCUAGUUAUGGAGAUGGAGGAAUGUACAAGACAUAUAUGUUUAGAACACCAAGUAUCAUUGUCACAAAACCACAAGUAUGCAAGAAAAUCUUAAUGGAUGAUGAAAACUUUGAGUUAGGAUGGCCUCAAUCAGUGUUGAAACUGAUAGGAAAGAAAGCCCUCCAUGGAAUUACAAGCCAAGAACACAAGCGAUUACGACGAAUAACAACAUCACCUAUAAAAGGCAAAAAUGCAUUGUGUUUGUACCUUGGUUUAAUUGAAGACGUUGUAAAGUGUUCAUUUGAAAAAUGGUGUGCCAUUGAAGAUAAACCAAUUGAGUUUCUUAGUGAAAUGAAGAAAGCUACAUUUGAAGUUACAAUAAGGAUCAUGAUGGGUAGUAAUGAGAUUGAUCUUCAAUGGUUAGAUAUGGUGGAAAAAGUGUAUACAAUUUAUUUGAAAGGCUUUUUGGCUUUGCCUAUCAAUCUUCCAGGAUUUGCUUAUCAUAGAGCAUUCAAGGCUAGGGAAAACUUGGUGAAGAUAUUUCAAUCAGUAAUAGAUGAAAGGAAGGUGAUGAAUACGAAGGAUGAAUCGCGAACAAAGUGCGAUAUGGUGGAUUUGAUUAUGGAAACUGAAGACGAUGAAGGAAAGAGAUUGAACGAUGAGGAGAUCGUAGACUUGUUAAUCGUUUACGUGUUUGCAGGUCAUGAAACUACUGCUCAUACUGCAGCAUGGGCAGUUAUGUACUUAGAACAACAUCCUGAGUUCUUGCAAAAGGCAAAGGAGGAACAAGAGGAAAUUGUCAAGAAAAGGCUGCCUGAUUCAGAUACGAAACUUAGUUACGACGAGAUCAAACAGAUGAAAUAUCUAACAAAGGUGAUUGAUGAAACACUACGUUGCUCUAAUGUCACCUUAGCGAUUUACAGAAACGCGAAAAGGACAAUCAACAUGAAUGGGUACACAAUACCGAAAGGAUGGAAGGUAUUGACUUGGAUAAGGCAAGUUAAUUUGGAUCCUAACAAUCAUGUGAACCCCAAAGAGUUUAAUCCUUCAAGAUGGAAUGACGAUGAGGCAAAACCAUAUAGCGCGUUCCUUCCCUUUGGAGCAGGACCUCGGUUGUGCCCCGGAGCAGAGUUGGCUAGGCUUGAAGUUUCGGUGUUUCUUCACUACUUUCUUCUCAACUAUAGGCUUGAGCGUGUUAAUCCUGAAGCAAGAGUGUCAUAUCUACCAAUUCCUAGUCCUACCGAUAAUUGUCUUGCAAGACUCAAAAGGAUCUCGACAUCAUGUUGAGCCUUAACCAAAUUGUUCUUCGC